CAUGUAGUGCGCCAAAAAAUAGUUUGUUGUGAAACAACAAAAUAGAUUAGGAGGCAUUUCAGUUGCUUGGAUUGACCUCAAUGUCAAUUGAUACACGGACGUUAAACAUAUGUAACCCUUUGUUCAUGCGGACUUUGAAAAUAAGGAAGACGAGAAAAAGUUUCGUUCGAUUGGCGAUUUUAUUAAAAAUAACCAUAAAUGUACACAUUUGUAUCCUGGAAUGAUUCCAAAGGAUAAGGCAUUCGCUGAAUACUUUACCUCACAACCUAAUAAAGGAUACGUCCCAAAACAAUAUACAUCUUCACCACCAUCUGAAUAAAAUGCAGUAUCAAGCUCCUCUUCUCUAAAUAGCACACAAUUGGCUGUCAUCUCAUCGACUACAACAUUCGCCAUCACGUCCAAUGCAAUUAUUUUAAAUAAGCUCUAGAGGCAUUGAAAUGGAAACCAUUAGUCCAUAAACCUUACUUCGACAAACCCAUAAUUCAUGUAGUGCACGAAAAAAAUGUGUUGUGAAACAACAAAUGUUGUUUUGUGUUAUUAUUUGAAAAAAUGGAAGAAAAAAAUGCGUUAACUUUUAUUGAAUUAAUAACCAAUCCACAACUGAAUAAUGUGGAGAGUGAUGUGAGUGUUAAAUGCCAAAUCGAUAACAAAAUUCAAGAAUUACGAAGACUGACCACUGAAAAUAAAGCAGCUGUAGAGCCAUUCAGAACGAAAUUUAUAGACGAUUUUCAGCAAUUCGAUCAAUUGCAACAAAGAAUUCAAGAAUUGAACGAUGUUCCAAGCACAACUGAGAUUGAGGAUCAAAAACGUGUUUGGAUGGAUGAAGUAAAUCGCAUUCGGUCGAAUAUUGAUCAACAAUGUGGCCAAAUAUUGGUAUCGAUUCAAACCGUCUUUAAUUUGUUGAAUGAAACACAACAAAUUCUCAUUGACAAACGAUUGACCAAGUGGAAAUAUGAUCAAAUCUUGGCUGGAUUCGGCGAUAAAAACAUCAAAACCGAAACUGAUUCGCACAACAAAAAUCCUCAGCUUCGAAGUGCACUUGAUGACAUUCAGACACAAUUUGAGGGAUUGUAUGAAUGUGCUUCAGGUACGAUGAGCGUGUUGGGCAUAAUUCAUGAAUGUUAUGGUCAAUUGAAUUGUGUUGAUAGUUUGGAAGCGAAAGCCUCUAGUGAUAUCACCAAUAUGCUACAAAAAUUGGUUCAGUCGAGUUUUGUCGUAGAUCAACAGCCACCUCAAGUCAUAACCGAAGGCACAAGAUUUGAAGCCAGUGUUCGCGUUCUUUUGCCCGAAUACAUUGCUAUCGCCCAAAAUCCAGCAGAGGUUAUGGUUUCGUUUUUAUCGGAAUCACAAACAAGCCAACAGCAUCAACAGCAACGCCCUGAAAAUUUGAAUUCAGGUAAAAUCGAUAUGGAGAAAUGCUGUUUUGAAAUCAGUCCAUCGAACGAUCAGCGUUUAGAAUGCCAUUUAAAUAAAAUGAAACUGACAAAUAUUAAAAGAAAUUCCGAAAGAGGAACCAACAAAUCUGUAAUGGAUGAAAAGUUUUGUCUGCUUUUCGAAACCGAUCUACAAAUGUUGGAACCCAUCAACUUGUCAGUUCGUGUGUGGACGAUGUCAGUUCCGGUAACGGUUGCAUCGAAUGUAAACCAAAAGAGAAAUGGGUGGGCUACCAUCGCAUGGGACAAUGCAUUCUUUGAGAUUGGUCGAACUUUAUUUGCUGUUCCAACUCAAGUGCCGUGGUCACAUAUAAAGUGGGCUCUACAAAUGAUAUUCCACUAUCAAACUGGCUGCGAUUUGACGGAUGAACACUUGCAAAGCUUGUAUGAAGAAGUGUUCGGUGCAUCGCCGGUGCCGGACCAAGAUCCUUUAAUGUCGUGGGAACAAUUUGGCAAGGAUAAAAUGCCGGCACGAACAGAUUUCACAUUUUUCACUUGGUUCUACGAAGCAACACAACUGACGCGAGUGCAUCUCAGCAAAGAAUGGCAAAAUGGUCUUAUCGCAGGAUUCAUUAGCAAAGAUAAAGCCACAGAAGAGCUUCUCAAAUGUGAACCGGGUACAUUUUUGCUACGAUUUUCCGACAGUGCAUCGGGCAUUUCGGUUGCUUGGGUUCAACUCAAUGCCUAUGGAACAAAGGAAGUUCAACAUAUGCAACCCUUUGUUCAUGCGGACUUUGAAAAUAAGGAAGACGACAAAAAGUUUCGUUCGAUUAGCGAUCUUAUUAAAAAUCACCAUAAAUGUACACAUUUGUAUCCUGGAAUGAUUCCAAAGUAUAAGGCAUUCGCUGAAUACUUCACACAGCCAAAUGCAACUAAGAAAGGAUAUGUUCCAAAACAAUAUUCAUUUUUAGCACCACCUGAGGAAAAUGAAGUAUCAAGUUCCUCUUCUCCAAGCUCUUCUUCACCAAGCUCCUUUUGUCCGAGCUCCCCUUUUCCGAGCCCCUCAUUUUCGAGCUUCUUCUCUCUAAAUAGCACACAGAAUCGGCAAUCACCAUCACCUUAUCCGCUACUAUAUCCAAAUGCAACUAAGAAAGGAUACGUUCAAAAACAAUCAUCACUUGAGGAAAAUGCAACAUCAAGCUGCUCUUCUCCGAGCUCCUCUUCUCCCAAUAUCCCUCAGAAUUGGCAAUUACCACCACCUUAUCCGACACAAUAUUCGUUACCAAAUCUAAGUUCGGAUGACAUCGUGAAUGACAUCAUUCAAUAUUUUGAACAGCCGUUGGACACUGAAUUUUAGACAUGUUCCACAUCAUUCCUGGCAAUUAGACCAUCAAAGAAUUGCUUAUUCGGACGAAUUUCUUUGAGAAAUGACGUAGAAUAUUAAAUCUUUUUCUGAGCGAUUAUUUUGUAAUUAAAUAUUUAGACAAUUCAACCAAGAUGAUUUUGUUCGUAUAUUGAAAGUGAACAUUGUCGUUUGCGUACACAGUGUCACACAUACAGAACCAUCGAAAGUAUCUGUGUACUACGACAGUUUCAUGCUUUCCUUGCCUAGAGGACCGAUGUCGUUUUUGACUCACCAAGAACGCGAGCCUGCAAUGAACAAAUUGCAAUGGGGUGUAGUUUUAUUGAAUUGAAUGUAAGAAACUUUACCUAAUACCUACUUUUGAUCAACAUUUUUUUUUAAUUUUUCUUGUUUCAUUCUAUUUUUUUCUGAUAUUGAAAUAAAAAUUCAAACCAAA